GAUGAACGUUGACCACUGCCACCACCAACCACCAUUUAGUUUUCGGAAUGACGCACUGAAUUCUUUGCAAAUUCGUUUUAACCUCGAUAUGAUGUAGAGCAACGUGUUUCCCAGCGUAAUCAGGGUUCCUCGUUGGUUCUCUGCGCGUUAUUCAGCGGUCAAGUCUGAUAUCCCAUCCUCUGCAAACCAGCCAUGUUACCCCCGAUGCUUAGAAUCUUCUUGCUACCCGUCGUUUAUGCCUUACUAGCAGUCUCAAGAACAUCUGCUCAUAAUCAGUUCAGUCUGCAAGAAAGAUUGACGCGACCCUAUGUUUUACAACAAAAUUGGGGCGCGUAUUCACCUUAUUAUCCGGUAGCUAAAUAUGUUGCACCACCUGAAGGAUGCAAAAUUACUCAGAUUAACAUUCUUCAACGUCACGGUGCUCGAUAUCCUACUGCUGGCCCAGGCGCAGCUAUCGCUAUAGCGGUGAACAAACUUCAAAACGCAUCAGCUUAUACGGAUUCAAGUCUGAACUUCAUUCGGAACUUUACUUUGGACCUUGGAACGAACGAUUUGGUACUGUUCGGUGCCGCUCAGUCUUUGGCUGCAGGCGCGGAAACCUAUAACCGUUACAAGGAACUAGUUAGUGUGGGCAAUUUACCUUUCGUCAGAGCUUCUAGUUCGGACAGGGUGGUAAAGUCAGCGUUGAACUGGACGUAUGGUUUCUCUGCAGCAAGCAGUUUGAGAUUCAAUCCCGUGUUAUCCGUCAUCCUCGACGAAAAUGCUAAUGAUACUCUCCAUAAUUCUUGCGGCGCCAUAAGUUCCUCUGAUAAUCAGACUGAUACUUGGAUUGCAAUAUAUACUCCAUCGAUCGUUCAACGACUGAACAACGCUGCUCCAGGAGCGAACCUUUCCUCAAACGAUGUUUUCAACCUAAUGACCUUGUGCGCAUUCGAAAGCGUGGCGACAGAAUCGAUCAGUGAUUGGUGUGGAUUGUUCGAUGAAGACGAGUGGAAGGCGUUCGAGUAUGAGAUGGAUUUGGACAAAUAUUAUGGUACUGGGUACGGUCAACCAUUAGGUCCUGUCGAGGGUAUAGGUUAUAUCAACGAACUUAUCGCGCGUCUCACUUCAAGUCCUGUCAACGACACCACUCAGACUAAUUCUACCUUGGAUCGAUCUCCGGUCACAUUUCCCUUGGAUCGCACAAUAUACGCAGAUUUCUCACAUGACAACCAGCUCAUUGCGAUAUAUACUGCAAUGGGGUUGUUCAAGCAGCCAAGGGCGCUAGAUCCAACCAAUUCGAACGUCGAUUCUACGAAUAGGACAUGGAUAACAAGCCAGUUGGUCCCCUUCUCAGCGCGAAUGGUUGUAGAGAAAAUACAGUGCGGUAUCGGGUCGUCGAGACCGGAUGAGGAUGGAGACUAUAUACGGAUAUUGGUCAAUGACGCCGUGCAGUCACUGGAUUUUUGCGCUGGAGUGUCAAAGGAAGGUAUUUGCAGGGUUUCCGAGUUCGUGGAAAGUCAGUCGUAUGCAACUAAUGGUGGUAACGGAGAUUGGCAAAAAUGCUUCGAGUGAGUAUAUCUAUAUGCAGUUUCGACUCAAAGUUGUCGAAGCAGGGGUGCGACUGGGUGCGAUGGCUUGUGCUGAUUCGGACGUAAGACGUCCUUUACUGCGACAAAAACCCGCCGCUG